AUUCAAACUUGUUUCUAUGUGUCUUGUCAAAGUCAAAACAUGAAAGUCUACAAGUUGUAUGAAUUGCGACGUUAUUAUGCCAGAGUAUCAUCAUUAGCAUUUGCUUUCGACACUUUUGUGGUUCUUAUGAUUACGUUAAUACCAUGGAUCAUCUCGUAUGUAACGGGUUUCAUGUAUAUAAAUUCUUAUGCUUUUCCAGAGAAACCCCUGAUAUCGUUCGACGGAAACAUGCUCCUUUUUCUUCAGAAGAGUGAUGGUUUUCUUUAUUAUGGUAACAUACCACAAAAGGAAACCAACCAUCUAUUGAAAUCUUCGCUUAGGCUACCUCAAAUCAGUUACUACAAUUCUAAAAAUAAAAACCUCAAUGAAGAAGUGGCAGUUAAUAUUAAUAUCAAGUUUCCUUUGUCGCCGUCGGAAAAAAUAAUUGGUCUCACUAUUGUACUAUUGGUUGAUGUUACCUUGUUGCGUUUCUACAAUAGGCUAGAAAAGGUUCCAGUAUUUAUAAACAAAGUUUUUCGGUCACAUACUAGUGGAUUUCUUUAUUCUGGGGACCUUUUGUGCUUUCGGAAAUACUUGUUACCUUCUACACAAACUAGUAUUUAUGAAACCAAAACGAUUCCAAGCAAAAUCUUUGAGCUAUCAUCAAACAUCUCAAGAGCUGGAUACUACUUACUUGAAGAUAGAAUAAGUGUACCUAUAAUACGUGAAAGUCUUUCAAGUACUUUUGACAUAGAACUGUCUGUGUACUUCUCCUCUCUAAGAAUCAGUGAUCCGAUCAAGGUCAAUAGGAUUGAAAAUAUCUGAUUGAAAUCACCAACCAAUUGGAAUCGAAUGAAGAUAUAAGAAAUAUUUUUAAAAAGUAUAAGCUUUAUGACAUCAUAGAAGCAUUUUCAGCUGAUGAUUUGUAGUAAAGAUGAUUUGCUGGCUAUCGGUCUCAAAAUGUUAACUACUUGAAUUUCUCCAACUUUGCUAUCGUAAAUCAUUUCUAGUUAAUACAUUUUAUAAUUCCUUGCAUAAUAUAUUAUUAUUAAUAUUGUCUUAUAGUGCUAAUCCAGGAUUUUGGUAUACCAUCAAAUUUGCAUGGGUUCAAUAUUUAUCAAUUGGUUUAGUGAUUUUUUAUUUAGCUGAAAAAAUGAGAGGAUACAUUUACGAUAAACAAAUAGUCAGAACAAUUGUAAAGUCAACCAUUCCAAAAUCUUUAGAUCAAUGAGAAUAUCUACUUUGUUUUCAUUUAACAAUGAGUAAUCUACAGUGUGGAACGAUUUGGCCAAUAAAGUGAUGAAUAUCUUUGUAUUACCUUUGAAAUUUACUAUUGCCCAUUUAAUUUUAGUCGGUGAAUACCUACAAUCUUAGCAAAAUUACUUAAUAAGAUUUACAUAUCUCACAGCAAGCGCAUAAAUAUCGAACAAAUCUCAGCAUAUAAUUUGGUUGACAUUUUCAACUCAAUGGCUUAUUUACGUAUAGAAUCUUAAAACUAAAUGGCGAAGCUUGCUUGAAAGUCUAAUUACAUCACAAAAAAUAGUAUACACACU